CGCUGUUCGGUAUUCAUAUUAAACGAUCAUUUUAAGGGUUAACCAAUCAAACGGCAAAUUCAUACAAAUUGAUACUAAACGAGUUAUAUUAAUUUUAUAACAAAAAUUAAGUGUGUAAAUAAAACUAAUUAAAACUAAUUGGGUUUAAUAUAACGCUAAUUAUUUUGUAUUAAACGCGGGUUUCUGAGAGUUUUUCGCGCGGGAUUUGAUCCGAACUUUUUCUGCUCUCCUUUUUCUGAGCGGCCAGCGUUUUCCAAUAAAUAGUUCCAAAUUCAAAAGUGUCCGGUUUAAAAGAAAAUGUUUGUGUGUGACUUUGGGCCUUCGCCGUUCGUUCGGGCGUGUUGAGUGCUGUAUAUCGGGGAGUUAGGCCGUGAGUACACUAGGCCAGUGAGUACGCGAGGCCAGUGAGUACGUUAGGCCAGUGAGUACGAUGGCAUCAUAGGGCGCGGCGGCGGGUGGCCGAGGGAGGCCAUGCUCAACAACAUCACUGCGGCUACUCUCGGAGGUCACAAGGAGUGCGGGGACGAGCCGAAGCACGAGCCCAAGUUGUUGGAGCGCCCGCACCAUGCGCACGCGAGGCUACACAUCGCCGGCAUACGACACGAACACAACGCAGGUCUCCACCAGCAGCACACCCCUCACAUGUCCGCGGUGCCGGUCAGCAUGGGCUCCUCCGCGUCUGACAGCGACAAGCCCACCAAGCAGAAGAGACACCGGACCAGGUUCACACCAGCACAACUGAACGAGCUGGAGCGCUGCUUCUCGAAGACGCACUACCCAGACAUCUUCAUGCGGGAGGAGAUCGCCAUGCGCAUCGGACUGACUGAGAGCAGGGUGCAGGUGUGGUUCCAAAACCGGCGAGCGAAAUGGAAGAAGCGCAAGAAGAGUACCAACGUCUUCCGCACUCCUGGCUCCCUGCUACCGUCGCACGGCCUUCCCCCCUUCGGCGCGGGCGACCCCGGCGUGUUCGGCGACCGGCCCUGGUCCAUGCCCGCCGGUGAGUGGACAUGUCUCUCCCAACUGUCCCAAGGCGGCGUCUCGAUGGGCGGCUUCGGCGCGGGCUCGCUGCCGCAGCUGGCGGCGGACCUGGCGCCCUCGCUGCCCAUCUCCUCCGUCGGCUCCGGGCAGCCCUACCAGGGUCACUAUCCGCUUAACUCUCUUGGAGACACGAUGAUGUCGUACUGCAACAACAUGUCGGCGGCGCAGCAGUCGCUGGAGGGGUCUCCCACGCCGCCGCACCUCGCGCACCAGACCAACAACGGCUCGCCUAACAAUGCUGGUAACAACGGCACCGGCAACGGCGACUGCGAAGAAGAAGGGUGGCGCGGGCACUCCAUAGCCGCCCUGCGGCGCCGCGCGUCCGAGCUCUCCGCCGCCAUCCCGCCCUACCUGCAGCUCAACUACGACGCUCACAGCCCUGUCUACUGAAC